AUGGUCUACACGGAACGCAACGACAAGUGUCUGGCGAACAGUAAGGACAAAGUCGGCCAAAACCCGUACUCGAGUGAGGAGAAGAAGCCCCAAUCCAGUCCCAGCUCCUCGGGUGCCUGGAGCAGCCAGGCAUCGAAUGCCGAGAAAUGGAAGUACAAUAAUAUGGUCAAGGAUAAUCGUGAUAAGUUCAAUGGCAUGCACUUCUCCUAAGUCCCUCAAACUGGACACACUGAUUGGAGUUGAGCUCUAAUAUGUGGGGUCUUUGGCUAAUUUAAACAUUGCCUGCAACGUGAUUGACUUUUAUUAUUAUUGUUAUUUCUCUGGGUUCCAUGGAUUAAUUAUAUUGCCUAGUUGUAAGUCUGUUAAUAAUUGGAUAUAAUAUACAUUAUGUAUUGUACAUUUUGAAAUUAUAAAUUAUCUUACAAAAUUUACUGAAAAAGAUGCGCUAACAAAACAAAGAAAAAAUAUAUUGAUAAAAACCAAUGCGUAAUUUAUGAAACGCUGACAGCGUUUGCAAUUGUUAAUUUUAAGGUAAGUUUGAGUGUAUAGGAAUUAAUUGAAAGUUAACUUCAAAUAUUCACAAUUCUAUGCCAUAUUACGACUGUUGUAAUCAAAGAGUGAAUAGCUAGAAACAGACUGCACAGCCUAAUAGGUCCCAAAAGGAUAUACAUUUCAUGUUAAAAUGAUGUGAAUUAAUAUCAAAUCUCCCCAAAACACAAGAGUCAAAUGGAACUUUUAAAUAUGCUGUAAAUUGAAUACUCAUUGAAAGCAAUUCCAUCUAAUCCACAUAACUAUUAACUUCCUCUAAUAAAUGAUAUACGCAUUUGUUUUUAUUCGAAUCCAUAUAGCUAUUAGCCUGCUCCAACAAAUUGUAUACCCAUUGACCUUGCUACUUGACUUUUAGCAUAUCGCAUCUAUUACUGUCUGUAAAACAUUUGCAUCCACAGUGGCUAUUAUCGUGAUUAGCUUAAGUUAUGCACGGCCAGCCGUUGAUAUCACCCCUCUAAAAUAUAUACGUAUAUAUACAUUCACUGAAA